CAACACUUUUUAAGAUAGCUAGGGUUAUCAUCUUUCAGUUUCAGUUUGAGGGAGAAGACAGACGAUCGAGGAGGUUACAGCAGCUAGCGUCCGAGCUCAACCACAACCUCCGCCACCAUGGGUCGUAUGCACAGCCGCGGUAAGGGUAUCUCAUCUUCAGCUCUUCCUUACAAGAGGACUCCUCCGAGUUGGCUCAAGAUCUCCGCUCAAGAUGUGGAUGAGAGCAUUUGUAAGCAUGCCAAGAGGGGCAUGACACCAUCGCAGAUUGGUGUUAUUCUGCGAGAUUCACAUGGAAUUGCUCAGGUGAAGAGUGUCACUGGCAGCAAAAUCCUGCGUAUCCUCAAGGCUCAUGGGCUUGCUCCCGAGAUUCCAGAGGAUCUCUACCACCUCAUUAAGAAGGCUGUUGCAAUCAGGAAGCACUUGGAGAGGAAUAGAAAGGACAAGGAUUCCAAGUUCCGUCUCAUUUUGGUUGAGAGCAGGAUCCACCGCCUUGCCCGUUACUACAAGAAGACCAAGAAGCUCCCCCCAGUUUGGAAAUACGAGUCAACCACUGCCAGCACCCUUGUGGCAUAGGCUAGAGAGCAGAAGUUCCUAAAUGACAAGAAGGAAGGGACAGGAGAUAGUAGUUUUAUCCAAGGGAAACCUUUGUUAAACUAAAUUUUGUGAUUUUGACAUGAUUAUUUUUGCUUGGAAAUGAUGGAUUAUUAUUAUUAUUACUCCGUAUUAUACAGUACAAGAGUGUCUCUUCAUGUUAUGCUCCUUUUAAUUUUAUUUCCAUUUUAGAUACUUAAUGUUUGGUCCA